GGCAAAUAUGAGUUGAACUUGACAAAUGACAACUGCGUUCACAGUUCACACUUCACAGUUGUUGCGUAUUGCGUUAUGCGUAUGUUCCGUGUUUAGUGUUUAUUGUUGAGUAUUAACUAUGGACUGGAGGACGGUUUUAAUGACGCUGGCGGUACUGUACCACGUUGAUGGCUUCUCAAAAUAUGGUCGUACAUGCAAGGACAUCGGAUGUCUGAACAGCGAGGUUUGCGUGUUAGCAGAAGAUCCCUGUUCAUAUGGGCAUAGCUCCAACUGCGGGACAUAUCCUACAUGCAAGAAGAAGUCCCAAGUGGAAGGUUCUCAUUCAGAACCAUCAAAACCAGUUAUGCCCAGACCGACUCCACAGUCACCUACGAGAGAUUUUGAUUCAGCACCAAACUAUCCAGCUCCUGCACCACCUUUGAACAACGGUGGCUCCCAUUUGGGAGGAAAUUCACCUUACGGCGGAAACUCACCAUAUGGUGGAAGUUCACCAUAUGGCGGGAACAACCCUUCACCCUAUGGUGGGAGCAACCCUAGCUCUCCCUAUGGUGGGAGCAACCCUAGCUCUGCCUAUGGUGGGAGCAACCCUAGCUCUCCCUAUGGUGGCAGCUCUCCGUAUGGGGGGAACUCUCCCUAUGGCGGAAGCUCUCCAUACGGCGGUAACAACUCUCCCAAUGGUGGAAACAGAGGAGGCAGUCCAUAUGGAGGGUCAAAUCCAAGCUCCGGCUUUGGUUCUGGUGGAAAGAGCGCUCUAGAUAGCAUAUACAACACAAUAAAUAAAUUCGCAAACGGCCAAGGAGGAGCAGGCGGUCAAGGAGGAGCAGGUGGUCAAGGCUUAUCAAACAUCUUUGGGAAUAUCCUGGGUAAUUUGUCCAAGAGUGGAGGGUUAAACAGCCUUUUCAACACUCGACCGUUGAUGGAGAAUCCAAAUUACUCCUCGUACAGCUCAAACUCGAGAUCUAACCCUCAACCUUAUUCAUCAGGAAACCCAGUUUAUCAGACGCCGAACCAAAAUAAGCAAUAUGGGCAAAACGCUCGCCAUAACGGAGCUACGACGAACAAACCAGUGUCCUAUGGGUGGAACAUUGGUGCGAUUAUGAUGACAUACCUGUUACACCAAUACAUCAACAGUGUGAUAUAUUAAUAUUUUUAAAUUUGAAAAUAUACUCUAUGUAAUAAUAUGUUCUUACGUAUUAAAUAUAUAUCUUUUUGUUAAGAA